AUGGGGCAGUUUGCAUCCAAACGCACCCAAAUCCCAGGUGCUCUCCCCCAUGUCCAUUACAGAGCCAGUGAGGAAGGACACCUCAGGAGCUCUCCGUACCAUGUUGACGCCAUCAGCCAGCAACAAAAUGGUAACCUCCAAAUUCCUCCAACCAUUGUUGUCUCGGACGUGGAUUCAAGUGCCUCGGAGCACCCGGACACAAGGAUGGAGCUGCGGAGAUCCUCCUUCUACAGCUCGUUAGAUCUGGUGCCACAGCUGGAGCAUUAUGAUAGCACGCUAACAAACCAGCAGGCGAGGAGCCGACCAUCUCUUGAAGCUCUCCGCAGAGCAGAGGAGGAGGAGGCAGGUUUGGUGGCCACCGCUACAGACAGCAGUCCACCAGUCAGAGGAAAUGAAGGCUCAAAAGCUCAAAAGGAGAAAGCCCCUGUUCGAUUUGGCUGGGUGACUGGGGUCAUGGUUCGAUGCAUGCUGAAUAUCUGGGGAGUCAUCCUUUUUCUCAGACUAUCGUGGAUUACUUCUCAUGCAGGCAUUUUGUUGACCUGGCUAAUUAUCCUGAUGUCUGUGGUUGUGACCUCAGUGACUGCCCUCUCCAUCUCUGCCAUCGCCACCAACGGGAGGGUGACUUCAGGUGGGGCGUACUUCAUGAUCUCCCGCUCUCUGGGUCCUGAAAUUGGUGGACCGAUUGGGAUGGUCUUUUCCUUCGCCAACGCUCUGGGCUGUGCGCUCAACACUGUUGGUUUUGCGGAGGUGGUCCGUGAUCUAAUGCAGGAGUUUGGUGUUGUCAUGGUUGAUGAAAUCAAUGAUGUCCGUAUUAUGGGCGUGAUCACAGUGACUAUUCUUCUGCUCAUUUCAUUGGCUGGAAUGGAGUGGGAGUCCAAGACCCAGAUUGUGUUCUUUAUUGUUCUCUUGGUGUCAUUUUCCAACUACUUGGUGGGUUCAGUCAUACCACCCAGUCUAGAGAAACAGUCCCAAGGCAUCUUUGGAUACCGCAGUGAAAUCUUCAUAUCAAAUCUCAAACCAGAUUGGAGAGGACACAGCUUUUUCGCGAUGUUUGCCAUUUUUUUCCCCUCCACCAUUGGCAUCCUCUCCGGAGCCAACAUCUCCGGUGACCUUAAAGACCCUGCUACUGCUAUUCCCAAAGGCACCCUUAUGGCUAUUUUCUGGACAACAGUGAGCUAUCUAGUUAUUUCUGCAACUGUUGGGUCAUGUGUUGUGCGGGACGCCUCUGGCAAUAUUACAGACAUGCUGCUUGGAAACAUCACUGAUGGCUGUGUGGGUCUGACUUGUAACCUGGGCUGGAACUUCACAGAGUGCAUCCAGUCACAGUCUUGCAAAUAUGGUCUGGCCACCAACUUAAAGGUACUGGGACAAGUGUCAGGUUUCUAUUACCUCAUCACUGCGGGUGUCUUUGCUGCCAGCUUGUCGUCAGCUCUUGGCUUCCUCGUAUCUGCCCCUAAAGUCUUUCAGUGUCUGUGCAGGGACAAAAUAUACCCGUACAUUGGAUUCUUUGCAAAGGGUUAUGGGAAAAAUGACGAGCCACUGCGGGCCUAUAUACUCUGCUAUGUCAUUGCUGUGGCCUUCAUUCUCAUCGCUGAGCUGAACACCAUCGCAGCCUUGAUCUCCAACUUCUUCCUGUGUUCCUACAGCCUCAUCAACUUCAGCUGCUUUCACGCUUCAAUCACAAACUCCCCCGGUUGGAGGCCGUCGUUUCACUACUACAGUAAAUGGACAGCUUUGUUUGGAGCCGUGAUCUCCGUGGUGCUGAUGUUCUUGUUUACCUGGUGGGCUGCUCUCACCACCUUCUGCAUAAUCUUCUUCCUGUUUGGAUACGUCAACUACAAUAAGCCAAAGGUAAACUGGGGUUCGUCAGUCCAGGCUUGUACAUACAACAUGGCUUUGUCGUACUCCGUCUCUCUGUCUGGUGUCGAGGAUCACGUCAAGAAUUUUAGACCACAAUGUCUCGUCCUGACUGGGCCGCCGAAUCAGCGACCAGCCCUGGUGGACUUUGUCGGCUCCUUCACAAAGCACAUAAGCCUCAUGGUCUGUGGAGACAUAAUCACGGAGCAGGACAGGCACACUCAGCCACAGGAUGUGACAGAUUGGUUGUUGAAGUGGAUGAACAAGAGGAAGGUGCGCUCCUUUUAUACUCCUUUCAACGCUGACAGCCUCAGAGUUGGAACUCGACACUUGAUGCAGGCAUCUGGUCUUGGAAAGCUGAAACCCAACACUCUGGUCCUCGGCUUCAAGGCAAACUGGAGGGAAAGUACUCCUGAAAGCCUUGAAGAUUAUAUCAACACCAUAUAUGAUACCUUCGAUUCCAACUACUGUUUGUGCAUCUUGCGGAUGAUGGACGGGCUGGAUAUCUCUGACCAGUUUGAUUUUGAAUUGAACCAGGGCUUCGAGUCAGAUGACUCUGUUGAAAAUAUCGACCAGCAAUCUCCUGAGAGGAUGUCAGUUGACGACAUCUCAGAUAGAGGCGACAGCAAGCAGAUCAGGACAGUGUUUCAGAAUGACCAGGGGAAGAAGACCAUCGACGUCUACUGGAUAGCUGAUGAUGGAGGUCUGACCCUGCUGGUGCCUUACCUGCUCACCAGGCGGAAACAAUGGCACCACAGUAAGGUCAGGGUCUUCAUCGUAGGGGAUGAACAAAACAUGGAGGAAGGCCGCAACAAGAUGAUUGCUCUGCUGAAGAGGUUUCGUUUGGAUAUUAACGACGUUAUAGUCAUGACGGACAGCGAGAGACGUCCACAUGCCAAGAAUCUGAGCAGGUUUGUGGACAGUGUCGCCCCCUUCAGGAUACACGAUGAACAGCAGGAAGAGGUCUCAGUUAACGAACUGAGAGAUAACUCUCCAUGGAAAAUAUCAGACAAAGAGUUUGAUGCCUUCAGACUUAAGUCUGAGAGAAAAGUCAGGCUGAAUGAAAUCAUCCGGAGGAAUUCUCAACACGCUGCUCUCGUGCUUGUGAGCCUUCCCGUGCCACACAGCGACUGCCCGAGCGCUCUGUACAUGGCCUGGCUGGACACUCUGACCUGUGGCCUCCACUGCCCUGCGGUGCUGAUACGAGGGAACCAGCAGAACGUGCUCACUUUCUACUGCCAGUGAGGCCUGUAUCCUAUAAUGAGACACUUAAUGAAGCCACACAAAACUAAUAAGUUAAAAAAAAUGUUUGUGCAAGGUCCCCAUUGACGCAACUUAGUUGGAGCCACAACCUGGAGCAAAGACUGAUACAA